CGAGAACACAGCGGCUCAACAACACGGGCGAGAGGGAGAUGGAGAGAAAUGAGGUCUGAAAAGGACCAAAUGACCGUGGACAAGGAGAAAAGCGUCGUGGAGAUACAGUUCAGAGACAUCCCCAGAGAUCAGGAAAACAUCCCCGGUAACCUGAAGCAGAAAGAGGAGAAGAAAGAGGUUUUUACGAAGGUGGUGAUCCGAAGGCUUCCACCAAACCUGUCAAGAGACCAGCUGGAGGAACAGCUCAGCCCACUUCCGUCCUACGACUAUUUUGAGUUCUUUCCAGCUGAUCAGAGUCUGUAUCCCCACCUGUUCUCCAGAGCUUAUAUCAACUUUAAAAACCCUGACGACAUCCUUCUGUUCAGAGACCGAUUUGAUGGCUACGUCUUUAUUGACAACAAGGGCCAAGAGUAUCCUGCAGUGGUGGAGUUUGCCCCCUUCCAGAAAAUCUCAAAGAAGAAGCUGAAAAAGAAAGAUGCCAAAGCUGGGAGCAUUGAAGAAGAUCCAGAAUAUAAGCGGUUCUUGGAGAAUUACUCCUGUGAUGAGGAGAAGUCUAUGGCCAACCCUGAGACUCUGCUGGGAGAGAUAGAGGCCAAGACCAGAGAGCUCAUAGCCAAACGAACAACGCCACUGUUGGAGUACAUCAAGAAUAAGAAAAUUGAGAAACAGAGAAUAAGAGAGGAGAAAAGAGAAGAGAGAAGAAGAAGAGAGCUUGAGAAAAAACGGCAAAGGGAGGAGGAGAAGAGGAAGCGACGAGAGGAGGAAAGACGCAAACGGAAAGAGGCAGAGAAGCAGAAGAAAUUGUCUGAUAAAGACAUAAAAAUCAAGCUCCUGAAGAAGAGUGAUAGGGACGAUGACAUGGAUUCAGACCGAAUGAAGGACAAAAGUGACAUUGGGGAGACAGACAGAGGCAAAUGGGAUAAAGCUGGAGGACAAAUGAAGUCCAAGGACCCCAAAGAAAAAGGUCAGCCUGAAAGUGACAAGGAGCAGAGAGAGCAGCACGUCCGCAGACAGAGAGAUAAGGACCACCGUGGGAAAGACGAAGAGAGGAAACGACAGCGACACCACUAUGAGUUUGAUAAGUUCAUGCGGCGCAAAGAUGAGACCAAAUGGGGGAAGGGCUACUGCCAGGACCGAGCCAAGAAAGAGGGGCACCAUCACGGCUAUUCCUACUGUCCUGACGGUGGAGACAAGCUGGGGAAGGAGGACAGGGAGGACCUGGGUAACAGGAAGGAACGCCUCCGAAACAAGGUGAGCGAGAAGGACCGUCCAGCCAUGCAGCUCUACCAGCCCGGCGCACGCAACAGAAAGCGCAUGAGCUCAGGGAGCAAAGGCUACGACUGCAUCCCCGUGGGCCACUCGCCCGAACCGGGGCCAGAGCACUGCUAUGAGGCCGUCACCAUGGCUGUGGGGCUGGAGAAGGGGUUCGAGAAGAGCAAAGAUGAACAGUGAGCAAUGAGGAUGUUUAUAGAAAAUACAGAUAAAUUAUUAAGUUGAUGGUGACAGGUUUGACAGGUUAUCACUGAGCUAAAAAGUAAUAUAUUCCAUUGAGGGAGAAAGGCACUUCAAACAGUCUUUUAGUCAUUUCCUCCAUAUCAGUUGUAACAGAAUUCAGAGCUUUGAAUGUUGGCUUUGUUUUUGGUGGAGCAUGAACAUUUUUAGUACACACUAAAUAUUUUAACCGUCACUGUUAAGUAUUCAAAGACUCCUUGGGAUGAAAUAUACUGUGAAACGGGGCAAACAAUAACACUUACACUUACAAUAGCACAACUGUCAGUGUCAAACAGUCCAGUGUCAGUCUUUGUUGUCAUCAUAUUUUUGAAGUUGUGUUCCUGUAACAGGCAGCUCACCUGGUAUCCAUUGACACACAUGACCUCAUCCUCUGCAACAGAUCUAAGCCUUUGUAGACCGUGCUGAACCUGGAUGUUUUUAUGAAUAAACCUAUAGAUUUUAUUAAAAAUUAAAUAAAAUGUAAGUAGAAAACAAACAAUGGAUGUAGAGAAAUUCACAGAUUAAAUCCUGUGUGUAUUUUUGUGUGAGCGAAUGAGAAGAAGUAAGAGUUAUUAUUGAUGAAGAGGACAAUGUUUUACUGCUUUUUCCUUGUUUUUAUGCACCUUAUUACAUU